UGCGCUAUUUCUACUCAUUUUGCUGUCUUACGCCGCAUAUAUAAACCUUCGUUUUACUCAUCUCCAAGCUUCUUCUUCUGAACACAGAGACAACUCAAGGCGUAAGUGAAAGGACCUGCAAAAAUGGCACCGAAGACCAGAACACCCAAAGUUAGCCGGAACCCAGAUCUGGUUCGAGGAAUCGGCAAGUACUCCAGGUCUAAGAUGUACCACAAGAGAGGUUUGUGGGCUAUCAAGGCCAAAAAUGGCGGCGUUUUCCCCAAACACGACCCUAAACCUAAACCAGCUGGUCCUGCUGAGAAACCACCCAAGUUUUACCCAGCUGAUGAUGUCAAGAAACCCUUGAUUAACAAGCGUAAACCCAAGCCCACCAAGCUCAGGGCUAGCAUUACUCCAGGGACUGUGUUAAUCAUUCUUGCUGGAAGGUUCAAGGGCAAGAGAGUUGUGUUCUUGAAGCAGCUUCCUUCUGGCUUGCUUUUGAUCACUGGACCAUUUAAGAUUAAUGGAGUGCCUUUGAGGAGAGUGAAUCAAUCAUAUGUGAUUGGAACUUCAACCAAGGUUGACAUUUCUGGGGUUAACGUGGAUAAGUUUGAUGACAAAUUCUUUGCCAAGCAAGCUGAGAAGAAGACAAAGAAGGGAGAAGGCGAGUUUUUUGACUCAGAGAAAGAGUCAAAGAAUGUUCUUCCACAAGAGAAGAAAGACGAACAAAAGACGGUGGACACUGCAUUGAUUAAAUCUAUUGAAGCUGUUCCAGAAUUGAAGACUUAUCUAGCUGCAAGAUUUUCUCUCAAGGCAGGAAUGAAGCCCCAUGAGCUUGUCUUUUAGACAAAAAAAGGUUUUAGGAUUGUGUUUCUAUGACUUUCUUGAAUAGUUGUACUGUUCCAAUUUUUGCAGUAGACGGCUUUGUGAACAUCUUUUAUGGGGAUGCAUUGUGCAACGGAUUGUUCCUUUUUCAGUUUUUGUUCGAUUUUCUGAAUAGACUACUGAUUAGUCCAAUCUAUAUUACAUAUAAUUUUAUUUCUUUUCA